ACAGGAUUAUGGCCGGCCGGAGGCUCCAGCUCAGAUUCCUGGGCUGCACGCGGGGACUACAUUACCCGUGAACCUCCACCCGUGCGUUCCAGUUAACUUCCGGUCUCUGCGUUCCACAAACCGGAAGUUAUUGUAAUUUUCUUGUCUGAGCCCUAUUUUGGGUAUGAGAGGAGUGUGAGUGAGCAGAGGAGGAGGGGGAGUAUAUAGAGGAAAACAGGGAUCUCUACAAGGACGUGAUGAUGGAGAAUCACCGGCCCGUCACAUCACUGGAUGGACCCAGUAACAAAGAUACCCCAGAGAGAUGUCCCCGUCCUCUGUAUUCCCAGGAUUGUACAGAGGAGAAUCACAGGACCCCACAGGAGGAUCAGGGAGAAGGUCUAACUAAUAUUAAGAAAGAAAAUACAGAGAGAGAAGAAGAGACGUAUGUGACUGACAUGAAAGCAGAAGAUAUACAGGGAAAAGAAGAGACGUAUGUGACUGAUAUGAAGGCAGAAGAUAUAGAGGGAGAAGAAGAGACGUAUGUGACUGAUAUGAAGGCAGAAGAUGUAGAGGGAGAAGAAGAGACGUAUGUGACUGAUAUGAAGGCAGAAGAUAUAGAGGGAGAAGAAGAGACGUAUGUGAGAGGUGAUCAGCAGUGUAAGGAGGAGAAAAUCCCUUCAGAUAUAAGCACAACAGACGGAGGCAGAAGCAGGAACACCUCAGAGGGACAUCUCAUUUUAUCUACAGAUUUUAAAAGAGAAGAGAACAACAUUGUACAAGAUUCCACAGGAGAUAUCCCCAUUACCCUAAAUAUAAAUCCAGUACCUCACAGUGCCAAUGUAUCAUCUACUUCUUCUAAUCAUGAACAUUCUCCUGAUAGAUUAGGUGAUACAGUGUUUUCCUGUUCUGAGUGUAGGAAAUGUUUCACAAGUAAAUCACGUCUUGUUAGACAUCUGAGAAGUCACACAGGUGAGAAGCCAUUUCCAUGUUCUGAGUGUGGGAAAUGUUUUACACAAAAAUCAACUCUUGUUAUACAUCAGAGAAGUCACACAGGUGAGAAACCAUUUCCAUGUCCAGAGUGUGGGAAAUGUUUUAAACAGAAAACACAUCUUGCUAAACAUAUGAUAAGUCACACAGGUGAGAGGCCUUUUCAGUGUUUUCAGUGUGGGAAAUGUUUUACACACAAAACAGAUCUUUUUGCACAUCAGAGAAGUCACAAAGGUGAGAGGCCAUUUCCUUGUUCUGAGUGUGGGAAAUGUUUUAUGCAGAAAUCGCAUCUUGUUAGACAUCAAAGAUAUCAUAUAGAUGAGAAACUAUUACCAUGCUCUGAGUGUGGGAAAUGUUUUACUCACAUAUCAACUCUGGUAAGACAUCAAAGAAGUCACACAGGUGAGAAGCCAUUUCCAUGCUCUGAGUGUGGGAAAUGUUUUACUCACAAAUCAACUCUAGUUGUACAUCAGAGAAGUCACACAGGUGAGACGCCAUUUCCAUGUUCUGAGUGUGGGAAAUGUUUUACAGCGAAAUCCCAUCUUGUUAAGCAUCUGAGAAGUCACACAGGUGAGAAACCAUUUCCUUGUUCUGAAUGUGAUAAAUGUUUUACACGGAAAUUAAGUCUGGAUACACAUCAGAGAAGUCACACAGGUGAAAGGCCAUUUCCAUGCUCUGAGUGUAAGAAAUGUUUUACAAAGAAAUCAACUCUUGUUAGACAUCAGAGAAGUCACACAGACGAGAAGCCAUUUCCAUGUUUGGAUUGUGGGAAAUGUUUUACACGGAAACUACAACUCUCUAGACAUGUAAGAGAGCACACUUGACAUAAGCCAUUUCCAGGUUCUGAGUGUGGGAAAUGUUUUACAUGGAAAUCACUUUGUGUUGAAUACUAGUUACAACUCAAAGAUGAACAGCAAUUUAAAUACUCUCAAUGUGGGAACUAUUUGACAUAUACAUAGUAUCUUCAUAGACGUCAGAUAAUUUACAAUCUUGAGAAUUGAUUUUCUUGUCCUCCAUGUGGAAAUUGUUUUACACAAUAUACAUUUUUAUUACAUAUCCGAAAUCUCACGUCAUAAUUUCUAUGAGCUGGUACACAUGAUACAGGGUUGUAGCAAUAUCCUAAAUGCAGAUAGGUCCUGUGAUAGUCACAUUAAACUGCCCUUCAAGUCACACCUAGGGGGUAAUUCAGAGUUGAUCGCAGCAGCAAAUUUGUUGGCAGUUGGGCAAAACUAUGUGCAGGGGGGCAGAUAUUACAGAGACCAUUGAAUGACUCUGUGCCGUACAGAUUGGGGAACAGGACACUAGUGAGGAUCACCCGUUGGUCAAGCCAAGAUCCACAGAGCUCAGACUGCCGUCUGUCUUCUCAUGCUUGGCUGCCAUCUAUUGGCCGACUCCUAGAGGUGAGGAGCCGCGGUAGCCUUUUGUUACAUAGUAUGUUCAGUUUGGCAUGUGUAUGUUUUGAUAUUCUUUUGCAAAUAAGUAAAUGAACCAGUGAGAAACGAUAUAUACGGACAUUUCAUUGUUCACAAGUAUGGUAAUAAAAUAUAUAAUUACUAACGUA